AUGAAUGCAGAGGGUACGAACGAAAAAAAAGAAAAAGAUCAAAACGUGUUUCUAGUUCGAACAGAUCCUAGUGGUAAAGUUCUUGAUUAUGAUAUUGUUGAAAGACCAAUUAAUCAACAGAUAAUUGUCGAGAAAACUCGACCAGUUAGUAAUGCUAGUGAAAUAAAUGAAUAUAUUGAACAUCAACCAUACUCAACCUAUUCUGCGCCCAUCGUACAAUAUGUAAAACGUGUGCCUGUGCCUGUGCCAGUAAACGUUCCCGUUAUCCAUGUACCUUUGAAGAGAAUACAUAGGGAUGUUUCUGUGGAGGCAAAACCUGCACCACGUCGAAUUCGAUAUAGGGCUCGUCCAAAAUCAACUGUAAAGAUCUUCGAUGAACAUAUAAACUGGCAUGCGGAUCCUAAGAUUGAAUCGCAUAAUGAAAAAACUGCAUUACAAUGGCGAAAUCCACCAAAACCACAAAUCUACGACGAGAAAGUUACUUGGAAUGCAAAGCCUAAAAUUGACUCACAUAAUGAGGAAGUUGUUGAACAAUUAAAAAGUCCUCCGAAACGUCAGAUUUUCGAUAAACAUGUAAACUGGCAUGCAAAUCCUAAGAUUGAAUCGCAUAAUGAAGAAACUGUAUUACAAUCGCGAAAUGCAUCAAAACCACAAAUUUACGACGAGAAAGUUACUUGGAAUGCAAAGCCUAAAAUUGACUCGCAUAAUGAGGAAGUUGUUGAACGAUUAAAAAGUGCUCCGAAACCUGAGAUUUUUGAUGAACGUGUAAAAUGGCAUGCGGAUCCUAAGAUUGAAUCGCAUAAUGAAGAAGCUAUAUUACAAUUGCAAAAUGCACCAAAACCACAAAUCUACCAAGAGCGAAUUACCUGGGAUGCAAAACCUAAAAUUGACUCACAUAAUGAGCGAGUUGUUGAACAAUUAAGAAGUGCUUCCACACGUAGAAUUUACGAUGAAAGACUUACUUGGCCAACACAAACUCCGCGAAUUGACGCUUACAACGAAGAAUAUAUUCAACAGAAAGAAACAAGGGAAAAAAGUGCGAAAGCACCUAUAUUUGAUGAAAAAUUUAAUUGGAGGACACGUCCGCGAAUUGAUGCAUACAAUGAAGACUAUGAUUAUGCAGUAGAAAAACGAAAAAAAUCAGCAAAACCUGGAAUUUUUGACGAAAAAAAAAUACCGUGGACAACAACACCAAGAAUUGAUGCUCGAAAUGAUGAUUAUAUUGAGAGAAUGAGAGCUCAACAAUCUUUGCCAUUAGUAUUUAAUGAAAAGCCAACAUGGCGUACAAAAACGCCUAAAUCAGAUACUCGAAACGAUAACUACAUCGAAAAAUUACAAGAACAACCACGACCAAGAAUUAUAAACAAACUGCCUCGUUGGAAAGUAAAACCUAAAGUAAAAUCCUAUAAUGAAAACUUUGAUGAAAAUCAUCAAUCGUAUCUUCGACCAAUGAUAGUUAAUGAGAAACUCAAAUGGCGUGCAAGACCUAAAAUAGACACUAAUUUAGAACCAGAUCCGUAUGCAGACGAGUAUGUAGACUACAAUUAA